AUGUCGGAGGGUGCUAGAACAGCCACCCCAUACCAACUCCGCGAUAUGUUUGUCACCUUUCUAAACACUUGCUUCGUUGCAAGCCCCAAAGGACUAUGGGAGCACUCAUGGAAAUCAAUGAGCGAGGACAUACUUCACAAGAGGCAAAGGAUCUUAGGCCACUCAAAUCUGGAACUGGACGAUGAGCCCCUUCAGCAGUACACGUUAAUCGAAGUGGAAAAGUUGAUUCGCAUGCAAGACCGUUCUUUAAACGAUAUUAAAGAGAUGCCUAAGAUCAAACCUGUUUUGCUAAAAGAAUUGGGGAACAGUUUGUGGAACCAAGAAAUGGAUUACGAUGUCGCCGAAGAAAUGCUCAGACAUGACAGUCAGGGGCACAGGAAAAACAUUCCUCUAUCAAACCAUCGAAUCCAGACUUCGCUCGAGGAAACAUAUCGUUCUCCCGGUAGCUUCUUCAGGAAUAUCUGCACUGCUACUACCAAACGGAAGAACAGCUCAUUCACCUUUAAUAUUCCUUUGAAACUCACCGAAGAUAAGCUCUGCAACAUCAAACCAGGUACGAUUCUCGCUGAACUCAUUGAGAAAACGGACCUCAUAAUCUGGGAUGAGGCACCUAUGACGCACAAACAUGCCUUCGAAGCACUUGACAAAACUUUGAAGGACAUAAUGUCUAUCAAAAAUCCCCACGCAAAGGAUCAAACUUUUGGCGGAAAAACUGUUUUGUUAGGUGGUGAUUUUAGACAGAACCUUCCGGUAAUUCCACAAGGAAGUAGAGCUGAUACUGUCUUAGCUUCAAUAAGUCAUUCAUAUCUAUGGAACUUCUGCCACAAGUUCUCUUUGAAAAUAAAUAUGCGAGUCAACCAGGACGAAAAAGAGUUCUCUGAUUGGCUUCUCAAAGUCGGUGAAGGUCGUCCAGAAUCAGUACAUGAAGAUGAGGACGAUGGCUACCAUGACCAAAUGGUAAACAUCGACCCCUCAUUGGUCCAAGAGACUAAAGAUGAGUCAUUAAAUCAAGUUGUCGAUGCAGCGUAUGGUGAUAUCAACCAAAUAGAGGCCUCCCAAAGUUCCUACACCGAUAAAGCUAUCCUAACACCCCGAAAUGAUACAGUCGAUGAAAUCAAUGCGUAUACAAUCUCCAAAACCGACGGAGAGUCAAAAGACUACUACAGUUACGAUAGCUUUGAGGUUUCGGAAACUCAAUCUAACCAAAAUGAUACACUAUACGCCAUUGAGUAUCUCCACUCCAUGGAGUUUCCAGGAUUGUCUUCCCAUAAACUCACUCUAAAAGUUGGGUCCCCGAUUAUGCUUAUGUGCAACAUAAAUCAAACAAAAGGAUUAUGUAAUGGUACCCGUAUGAUCCUAACCCACAUAGGCGAAAGAGUGCUUAAGGCAGAUAUAAUUACUGGCUCCCACAUUAGAAAUGAAGUUUUGAUCCCAAGAAUAAUCCUCUUGCAAGGGGAUACACAGCUACCGUUCACUUUACGUCGACGCCAGUUCCCUAUCAUAUUGUGUUAUGCAAUGACAAUCAACAAAAGCCAGAGCCAAAGCUUAAAAGAGGUUAUCCUAUAUCUUCCUAGACCGGUCUUCGCACAUGGUCAAUUGUACGUGGCCCUCUCACAUGUAACAAGCAAAGCAGGACUAAAAAUCAUCAAAGGCGAAGACUCACACAAACAAAAAGUGAAGAACAUAAUCUACAAGGAAAUCUUCAACCGCCUUAAUUCUCAUGAGAGUAAGUAA